AACACCCUCCGGCGGAUCCUCCAUCACCAGCUCCCGCAGCGGCGUCUUUCUCGCACCAGCCUCCGCUCUCGCCCGUACUGGCUCGUGCCAUUCCGCCGGCAGCGUCGGUAACAACUCCUCCAACUCCGACUCAACUACUCGGCGACCGAAAACUACGUGUGCAGCCGCCGCUCCCGUGUCCACCAACUUCAGCUGCGCUCGGCCUUUUCGGAACACCUCCAGCCACACCUCGUCCGCCUUAGUACUUUCCUCUAGACACUCCUCCAACCGACGCUCAAUUGCGUUCGCUAUCACUGACUGCACAAACUUGCUCGAACUCAUCCCCACAUCCGUCUUGCCCGUGAGCCGGCCCUCAGUCUCCGCCGACCCUGUCUCCGAGUCAAUUUCCAGCACGGUCGACACAGCCUCCGGCGACAUCCACGGCGUCUGGGAUCCCAACAGCUGCGGUAUGUCGUACACACGCAUACGACUCACGUCGUUCAGCCAGUCAAAUGUGUCGAGCUCACCCCUCUCCAACUUCCACGAGUGCUCGCGAGGCACCAAGACCACCGCGGAACACGCUUGCUCGCCCGGCACACUCAAAUCAAUUACCCACGGCUCACAGUCGCUCAUGCCCGGACGGCUGCCGUCCGGGUUGACAACCGCCACCAACAACUCCAG